AACGUCGUUAAUUUUUUUGUUGACGCCGGUCUCUAAGCAGACAUCGAAAAAAGUUUUAUUGUUUUUAUAUCAAAAAGAAAAUAAAAAAAAGAAAACUACAGAAAAAACACGUUAAAUAGUGUAUCAAACAAAAGGACAAAGGACCUUUAAACGGCAUUACACUGUAAACAAAGAAAUAAAUUUACCACUAGAACAGCGAGAACUGAAGUGAAUCAGUCUUCGAACGGCAAAGCAAGAAAUAAGACACGCUUUAUUAAGGAGAAGGCUCGGACGCAGAGUAGUUGCCCAUUGAGGUAUAACAUCAGCAAGACAAGCGGUGAAUUUGCAAUUUCAUUAUGAAUAAACGCAACAAUAUACGUUUACCUCCUGAGGUCAAUCGCCUUUUGUAUGUACGUAAUUUACCCUACAAAAUCACAUCUGAAGAAAUGUAUGAUAUAUUUGGAAAAUUUGGGGCCAUACGACAAAUAAGAGUUGGCAAUACACCUGAGACCCGUGGUACUGCUUUUGUUGUCUAUGAGGAUAUAUUUGAUGCCAAAAACGCUUGUGACCACUUGUCUGGCUUCAAUGUUUGUAAUCGUUAUCUGGUGGUCUUGUAUUAUCAAUCGAAUAAGGCCUUUAAACGUUUAGAUGUGGACAAGAAACAGGAGGAGUUGAAUAACAUCAAAACGAAAUACAAUCUAAAAACACCGGAACAACCUUAAGAACUUUUCAUACGUUUCUAAGACUAUUUCUUUUCUGAGUUUAUUAUUUUGUCUUAUAAAGAUGUUUCGAUGUUUUACUAUCUGCAAAUGUUUUUGCAAAUUAUCUAAAAAUUAUUAAUUUUGUUUUAUUUUUCUUUUAAUUCCUUUUUUACUUUAAACAUCAUCUCAUUAAUAACAUUUUCAUUAAGACUGUGGUCAGGAAGAUGUAUAAUCUAAUCCUGACUUAAUAUAUCAUAAUCAUCAAUCAUUUUAUACAAGUAUUCAUUCUCAUCAUAAAAAAUAACAAGCAAAUGUAAAAUUAACAAAAAAAAUUGCAAAAUAGAAACGCACUGGAAAACAA